CGGGGCUCCCCAGCCGCCGGGGACGCUCGGGAAGAGGCGGGCCCCGCGCGCCCUGCGCCCGCCAUGGCCGCCGAGGCGGCGACGUGAGCGGCUCCGCGGACCCUGCGCAGGGGCCGGGCCGCGCCGACCACUGGGCCAUGCGACCAGAGCCGUGGCUAUGGCUGCUGCUGCUGCUCUGCUGCCCCGGCGCCGCGGCGCCCCCGCCAGACUCUCUUUCCCAGCUGGCUCCUCCUCAGAACCCCAAGAUUCACCUGUACAAUGCCGAGAGGGUUCUGAGCUGGGAAUCGUCACCUCUGAACAAUGGCACAAGACCAGUGGUCUACCGGGUGCAGUUUAAAUACACCACUGGUAAUUGGCACAACGUCACGGUCAAGUCCAUAGGCGUGAACUGUACCCAGAUCACGGCGACAGAGUGUAACUUCACCACAGCCAGCCCCUUGAAGGGCUUCCCCCUGCAUUUCAACGUGUCUUUGCGUGUCCGAGCCGAGCUGGGGAAAUUCACCUCUGCCUGGGUGACAGUGCCUUGGUUUCAACACUAUCGAAAUGUUACUGUCGGGCCCCCAAAGAACAUCUCGGUGUCCCCAGGAAAAAACUCCCUUAUCAUCAGGCUCUCCUCUCCCUUUGACAUUGAUACCACCAUGGCCACUUUUUGGUACUAUGUCCAUUACUGGGAAGAAAAAGGAAUCCAACAGGUGAAAGGCCCUGUCAGAAGUAACUCCAUAUUGUUGGAUGAUUUGAAGCCGUCAAGCGUGUACUGUUUACAAGUGAAGGCACAUCUGGUUUGGACCAUACCAAAUAUCACCAGACCUGGGCAUUUAAGCAACUCAUCUUGCUACAAAACAACAGCAGAUGAUUCCACCAAGGUCCAACAAGUUGCCUUGAUCUGUUUGGGAGUCUUGUCGUUGCUGUUGGUACUGGCAGGGGCCUGUCGCUUUCUCUUCCUGAAAUACAGAGGCCUGGUGAAAUACUGGUUUCAUACUCCGCCAAGCAUCCCGCCACAAAUAGAAGAGUAUUUAAAGGACCCAGAUCAACCCAUCUUGGAGGCUUUGGACAAGGACAGCUCACCAAAGGAUGACGCCUGGGACUCUGUGUCCAUUGUUUCGUUUUCAGAAAAGGAGCAAGAAAAUGUCCUGCAGACACUUUGACUAGGACACCAGCCUGCUCACACCAGAGAAGGGGACAGUGAGCAGGAAAGCCACUCAAAUUCUUCUGGACCACACACAGACCAGUGCUCCAGACUUCUGCUUCAGGAGGCCAAUCUGUGCCUGGAAAGAAAUACGGGUCUCAGGGCAAGGCAGCCUACUGUUCUUCCUUUAAGAAUUUUCUGGAUCAUAGAAGUUGCUGGAAUGAUUCUACAGAAAAAAUUAAGGUUCUCUUAAACACUAAAAAGACAUGCAGUUAUGUGCUGGGAACAUGACUACCAUACACAUGGGGUGUUUUCUUCAUUGUUGGCGAGACUAGGUCUCCUGACUUUGUCACAACGAGGGACCCAAUGGCCCCUUCACAUCCAGGCUAAUGGCUUACUAGGUGAUCAGCCCUGAGCUGGGGUGUAUCUCAGUGGUACAGCACUUGUCUAGCACACACGGCCCGGGGUCCCAUCCCCAGGCCUACACAAAAAAAUUUAAUCUUGUAAAUAUUUCCCUAAUAAUUUAAGCCUUUUUAAAAGCUAGAAAUAAAGGACUACUUAGUGAACUUUGUUUAAAAAAAAAAAAAAAAAGUCUGUGAAGUCUUGCUUUCUACUUGAGCCUCCACAUUUUGGCCUAUUUUCUGCAAAAUAUUGCCUUUAAAGUCACUGUUUCUAAACUUGUUUCUGUAAGUAACAUCCAGUAAACUGAUGAGACCUCCUGGGAACUCAGCAAGAACUUUCUACAGUGUCACUUGAUUCCUAGAAAAGUUAUGAGGGAAUUUUCAGAAGUGACAUUGGUACAUUGUAUGAUGAGUCACACUGUGUUGACCGAGGCAGAAGCUGUGAGCUUUAAAUAAAAAGACUCAACUAAUGGCGUCAUCCACUGAGCACAGACAUCUGAUUGUGCCAGUGUUGGGGGACUCCUCUGUCACAGGCCGUGUAUUUCAAACCUGUUUGUUAGUCUUAACGUUCAGCCCACCUCCCACACAAAGUAACAGAGUGGCCGUCAUCUGCUUCAGGAAGAAGUCCUACAGACAGUCUUGUCCUAACAAUGGAAAGAGAUGCAUCUGUAGGUCAAUGACUCUCCUAGCACUAGUUAACCGAGAUACCUCUUCCUCUCUUGGGCCCUGUACUAUUGGUGAUAAAUUGGCUAUCUUUCCUUUUUUCUUUUUUCUGUCAGUACUCUGGUUUGAACUCAGAGCCUCAUGCUUGCUAGGCAGGCACUCUACCACUUGAGCCACUC